AUGUCAACUCCGUCGAUUCGCCGUUGGUACCACUGGUUUGCACCUACCGAUAGCCCAGAGGAGAGGAAACUGAUCCUCAAACUCGACUUUCUCAUCGUACCAUAUGCUUUGUUUUCCAUUGCAGCUAACAACAAUAUAGACAAUGCCUACGUUUCUGGAAUGGCCGAUGAGCUCGGCUUCCACGGCAAUGAGCUCGUCCAAUUCCAGACCAUCUUCGUCGUGGGCAACGUAGUCGGUCUUUUGCCGUUUAUCUACCUGUUUCCAAGAGUUCCGAUGCAUGUGCUUGUUCCGACCCUAGAUCUGGGUUGGGGCCUGUUCACCCUGCUGCAGUAUCGUGCUCAGAGCUACGCGGAAAUAAUGGCAUAUCGAUUCAUGGUGGCCAUCUUCGAAGGAUACUAA